AUAAUUAAAUCAAAACACAUAUAAUAUGAGCCCUGUAAAAAGCUCUGCUUUCUAUAACGUAAGAAGAGGAACCGCCGCCUUCCCUACUCUCACCGAUACCAUGCGUCGCACUGCUUCUGCUGUGCUUCUAAUUGCUAUUCUCUCCAUUUUCCUUUGCGCCUCCCUCUCGCUCUAUUACUCCCGCCAUCAAAUCUCCAUUUCCAACGUCUUUUACCCAACUUUUACCCUCGCCAACCUCCCUAACCCUGCCGAUUCUUCCAAUUUUGUCAUUCAAGAAAAGAUAAAGGGCCGGACUCGCCGCGUCUAUUCUUUUCAAGAUUCUGAAUUUAUUACUUCUGCCUCGGUUUUAUUGCCUGCUUGGCAGGUUCUUGUUAUUGUCUCGCCGGAUAUGGACUUGCAGAUGAUUUCCGCCCAGAAUUUCACCUGUCUUUAUCCUAGCAGGCACACUGCUCCGGCAAUAUUUUCUGGUUUCUUGCCUUCGUUAAACCAGACUACCUUCAAGUGUUUCCUUCCUAAAGGCGCACGGCGUCGAUAUCCGUUCUUGGCUCCGAUGUUGACGAGAUUGUCGGAGGUGGAAUCCCCUGUUCGUUGGCCGUCGUCUGUGGCGCCGGUGGAGAUGCUGAGGUGGACUUUCCUCGUGUAUGAGUCGUUUUCCGCGGAGGAUGAUGUCGUCCUGUUCGCCAAAGGCCUCAAUAACCGGCAAGGGAUCAACAGGUCUCCUCUCGAGUUCAAGUGCGUGUUCGUCGAUGAGGCCAAUAAUAAUACCGUUAUAACCGCCGUUACGAGUUCAAUACAAGAGGUAUUUAGGUGUCACCAUCCGGAUUUAACGGCGUUCGGUUCUGGCGGGUACGAAUCCAUCAAACUCAAAGUUUCUCUCCAAAUCUUGGCAGAAAAAAGGGUAGUUCCAUCCGUGGCGUAUUACACUGGUAAGCGCACGAUAAUAAACGCGCAGCCAAAGUUCCAACUGUGCGCCUCCACCAUGGUUUACAACGUGGGCAAGUUCUUGAAAGAAUGGGUCAUCUACCAUUCCAAGAUCGGCGUGGACAAGUUUUUAUUAUACGAUAACGACAGCGACGACGACUUAACGACUGUCGUUAAAGAUCUUAACCAAGAAGGUUAUAACGUAGAAACGUUACUAUGGCUUUGGCCGAAAACUCAAGAAGGUGGCUUUUCCCACGCUGCAUUAUACGCUAACGACUCAUGCAAUUGGAUGAUGUACGUAGACGUUGAUGAAUUUGUUUUCGCGCCAUCAUGGGAAAAUUCAUCUCGACCGUCUGAUCAGAUGCUAAAAUCAUUUCUACUACCAUCAUCGGAAAACAAGACCGGUCAAGUUUCGAUCCUGUGCAACGAAUUUGGUCCGUCGAACCAACGGUCACAUCCGGCAGAGGGGGUGACACAGGGUUACAAUUGUAGAAGACGGCUAGACAAUCGGCACAAGUCGAUAGUGUUACUAGAAGCGAUCGACAAUUCAUUGCUGAAUGUGAUACACCAUUUUACCGUAAAAGAAAAUUAUACACAGAAGCAAAUGAGUUUGGAAGAAGCAGUGGUGAACCAUUACAAGUACCAAGCGUGGUCUGAGUUUAAGGCAAAGUUUAGAAGAAGAGUAUCGGCAUAUGUGGUGGACUGGAUGCAAGAGAUGAAUCCAUCUUCCAAGGACAGGACACCAGGAUUAGGGUUUGAAGCAGUAGAGCCGGAAGGAUGGGAAAACAAGUUUUGUGAGGUUGAAGAUAAUAGGCUUAAGACGGUUGUGCAAAAAUGGUUUGGUACAGAAACAGAAACAGGAUACAGAAUGGCAUGGCAAAGUUGAACUACAAUUGAAGGAAGGAUGUAAAAAACCCUAUCACCCUUUUUUUUUUAUUAUUUUUUGGCAUUUUUUUCUGGUAUAUAUGUGUAAUAAUUCAUAUAUAAAAAAAUUGACAUUAAGAGGUAGUGUCAUGUA